AUGGAAGCUACUUCCAACAAAACCCGUGUCCCUCUCUCCCAUGCAAUCCCCCCUGAUCAAUUCUCUCUCUUGUCAAAGCACUUCCUUUCAAAACUCUCAAAUUUUCUUUGGCCUUUCACCUUCUCACUUGAAACAUUCUUACUUGUGCAAAAGUGGGAACUAAUGUUUCAUUUUGUGCUGCUAUGUUUCCUCCUUCUUUGUUUCCUGGCCAAACACUUUCUCUCAAAGCCCUCUCCUAUUUACCUUGUGGAUUUCUCCUGUCUGAAGCCUCCAAGCCAUUGCAGGGUGCCUUUUUCAGCAUUUCUUGAGAAUGCUUCUAUGUGGGAAGUUUUCCACAGUGAAAGCAUAGCAUUCAUGGACAAAAUCAUCCGUUCCUCGGGACAAAGUGAAGAGACAUGCCUCCCCCCUGCCUUGCACUACAUUCCUCCAAAGACUCACCACACGGAAUCCAUCAAAGAGGUGCAAAUGGUUCUGUUCCCCAUCAUGGACGAUCUUCUUGCCAAAACCAAUGUUUCACCCCUCGAUAUAGACAUACUUAUCAUAAACUGCAGUGGCUUUUGCCCCUCACCUUCUUUAACCUCUAUUGUCAUUGACAAAUACUCUAUGAGGAGUGACAUCAAGAGCUAUAAUGUCUCUGGCAUGGGGUGCAGUGCCAGUGCCCUUUGUAUUGAUAUGGCUCAGAAUCUUCUAAGGGUUCACAAGAACUCUAACGCCCUUGUUCUCAGCACAGAGAUUUUGUCAACAGGUUGGUAUUCAGGAAAUGAAAAGUCCAAGUUGCUGAUCAAUUGCCUCUUUCGGAUGGGAAGUGCAGCAAUCCUUCUCUCAAACAAGAAAGAGGCAAAGAAAACUGCAAAAUACAGGUUGGUUAGGACACGUAGAAUCCAGAGAGCCUUUGAUGACAAAGCUUAUUUUUCUGCCUUUAGGGAAGAAGAUUCUGAGGGGAAACUUGGUGUGACACUGAAGAGGGACUUGCUUCAGGUGGCUGGUGAAACUCUCCGUGCAAACAUCUCCAUCUUGGGGUGUGACAUCUUGCCACUUUCAGAGAAGCUUCGGUGUGGAGUUUCUGUGAUCAAGAAGAAGUUCAUCAAGUGUGAGGGAAUUUACGUGCCAAAUUUUAAGUCAGUGAUACAACACUUCUGCUUGCCAUGUUCGGGGAGACCAGUGAUAAGAGAAAUAGGGAAAGGGUUGAAGCUAUCAGAGAGAGACAUUGAACCUGCUCUGAUGACACUGCACAGGUUUGGAAACCAGUCUUCUUCCUCACUGUGGUAUGAACUAGCUUACUUGGAAGCCAAGGAAAGAGUGCACAAGGGUGACAACGUUUGGCAGCUUGGAAUGGGAAGUGGACCCAAAUGUAACAGUGUUGUUUUUAAGUGCAUUAGGCCCAUAGUUGGGGAGUACAAGAAGGGACCAUGGGCAGAUUGCAUACAUCAGUACCCAAUAUUAGCCAUGGAUUAA